CAAAAGACCGAUUAUACUAUUAGAGAAUUUUAAAACUUACUUCAAUCUUUGAAAACUUAAUUCCUUCAACUCGUUCAUGGUUUCUUCUAAUUUCUUUCCCUACCCAUAUCCUCAUUUCUCACCCCAAACUUCUUCCUUCGCUUCACAGGAAUCCGUGGUGGGAUGUAACGGAGUGUUUGAAUUCAACAAUGAAUCCCUUCCGUUCGACGAGAACAACUCCGAAGAAAUGCUUCUCUUCGGAGUCCUGGCAGAGGCAGAGAUAGACCAGUUGCUGAAUCGGUACGGUCAGACGGACUCGUUGAAGGGAACCUCCUCCAGCUCCUCGAGUACUCCUGCUCGAGGCAGGGAAGAGGAAGUAUGCUCGGAAGAAGCGCACGGAGAUUCCGUAAAGGAGGUUACGUACAGAGGCGUCCGGAAACGUCCGUGGGGGAAAUACGCUGCAGAGAUAAGAGACUCGACGAGGAACGGGGUCAGGGUGUGGUUGGGAACGUUCGACACCGCCGAGGAGGCGGCCCUGGCGUACGACCAAGCGGCAUUUGCGAUGCGCGGUUCCAGCGCGGUGCUCAACUUUCCGGCGGAGGUGGCUUACGAGUCCCUCAGGGAGAUGAAGUGUGGCUUUCAGGAAGGGUGUUCGCCGGUUUUGGCUCUGAAGAAGAGACACUACAUGAAGAGGAAAGGACGGAAAGGGAAGAAGAAAGAUACUGUGGAGAGAGAAAAUCGGUUAGGGUUGGAAAAUGUGGUGGUGUUAGAGGACUUGGGCGCUGAUUAUUUGGAGGAACUUUUGGGUUUGUCUGAGAGCAGUACUGGUGUUGGUACUUGGUCAUGAUCAAAAGUGUACUUUAGGGGUUACCCACAUUGUUUCUUGGCCUCUCUCUCUUUCUUUCUCCCUCUCUCUCUCUCUAGAUGUGGAAAUGGUUGAAAUCUCAUGAUUUAUUAUGUUGGUCUCUUAUGUUUAUUCAACACAAACAAAAUGUCUAGUUAACACGUACAAUUUCUUGGUUUUUC